AUGAUAGUACGCCAUAAGGAAUUGAGGGAAAAGAUCAGGCAACUGGUCUCUUUCUACGAAGUUGCAUCACCCGAAUGCAUUUAUGAGGACCAAGAUCAAGACCCAACGGGAUCACUGAAAAUUGGGGAUAUUACAGUUUGCAACAGGAAAACUAGAGAACGAUCUCGCCCAGGUACAAGACGACCUGGAAAGCUGAUCGCUCUUCUCAUCGAAUACCACGAUUGUUUCGCCUGGUCGUACGAUGAAAUGCCGGGCCUCGACCCAAAUAUCGCUGAGCACAAGCUCCCUCUGAAAAGCGGAUUUCGGCCAUUUCGACAACCUCCCAGGCGAAUGUCAAGAGAAAUGGAUACCCUCUUAAAUGUGCAUUCGGAGUUUCGGCUGGAAACUUCUUGGGCCAAGGCGAUCAUCAAUGUUGAACCACCUAACACCAAGAAGCAACUUCAGAGACUCAUCGGUCAAAUAAAUUUCCUGAGACGAUUCAUAGCAAACACAGCAGGGCGACUUCAUAGUUGGAGUGUUCUACUACGAGGGAAAGAGACCGAUCAAUUUAUAUGGACGAACGAGCAGCAAAAAGUAUUCGACGAUUUGAAGGAAUACUUGGCUAAACCCCCAGUCAUGACUCCUCCAAAGCCGAACAAACCAUUGUUGCUUUAUCUAUCGGCUGCACAUGAAUCUUUGGGAUGUAUGCUUGCCCAAGAAGAUGACGGGGUCGAAAGAGCAGUUUACUAUCUGAGUCGCGGAUUGACUGAUACAGAGAUCCGCUAUAUUGACAUAGAGAAAAUGUGCCUCUGCCUGUACUUCACAUGUUGCAAGCUCCUAUUUUAUAUGUUACCUGUAGUGGUAUACGUAUUGUCCCAGACCGAUAUUAUUAAGUACAUCUUAUCAAAACCGUACUUAAGAAAUCGGAUUGGAAUGUGGGCAAUUGCAAUGUCUGAAUUCACAUUGGUAUAUGUUCCCCAGAGAGCAGUAAAAGGACAAGUUCUGGCCGAUUUCUUGGCUGAUCAUCCUGGUAUCACCCUUAAGGAAGAAACAAUCGGCUGCCUUGACAUAGCCAUAUGGGAGAUGUGGUUCGAUGGGUCCAGGACUAGCCAGGGGACAGGUGCCGGAGUGCACAUCGUCUCGCCCUUGGGGGCAUCUUACCAGCUGUCGUUCAAGCUCCACUUUGAAUGCACCAACAACCAAGCAGAGUACGAGAGCCUAAUAUUCGGACUUGAGAUUUUGGCCGAGCUGGGGGCAAAGGCCAUCAACGUAAAAGGUGAUUCUUUGUUGGUCAUCAAGCAAGUAAUUGGGGAAUUCAAGAGCGAGUCCGAGCUCCUGUGGGUACAAGGUGAUUCUCCAGUUCGAUUUGAAAGAGGAAGGUCAAAUCUCCAUACUGGGGGCAUUACCAUCGAUGAAAGGAGUUUUUCAGUGUAUCAAUUGGAUGUCACCCAAGAUUGGAGGGCAGAAAUUCUAGGAUUGUUUGAAACACCAGACCAGGCGAAUAGGAGGCUAAGGACCUUGGCCCUGAACUACGUUGUCCUAGCAGACGAACUAUACAAAAAAGGUUUUGAAGGAUUGCUCUUCAGGUGA